AUGAGCACCACGACACCCUCACACAACAGGUCCUCUUCCCCACAGGGCACUAGCACUUGGGCGCUGAUCAUCAAGAUCAAGGCCAAGGUAAGCUUCAUCAAGUUCGACACUGCCCAGAUGGCGGAGCGAAGGCGGGAUCUUUGGAAGAGGCAGGCCGCCUGGCUGGCCGAUCGCGACCCUCCUACACCCGAUCCCUUCCAGUGCGCUGAAGCCGUGCUCGAGAAGAAACAGAGACAAGCCGAAGCGCUCAUCAAGUGGACCUCCAGCUACCACGCCGACACCGCCUUGCGCUCCCCUCAACGAUGA